GCAAUUGUAGUGUCACAGGCUGGAAGGAAGCAAAGUGCGAUCGCCGCGAACCUGAACGCGGUCACGUGAAUUGCCGUUAGAAACCACGAACAACAACGUCGUCAUCACGCAUCCCAUCCACUUACUACCUCGUCUCAUACUCCUGCAGUGCCCACAGUCACGGCUCACCAGGAACAACAUGGCAGACCCCUCAGAGGUCGGGAAGUAUGGCACUAUCAGGCUGCUUAAGCGUCGUCAGUCUUCAGGAGUUGUCGCGGCGUAUCCAAUCGACGACGAGCAGGUCACAUUUGGCCGUGAUGCGAGCUGCAGUGUCCGUCUUUAUUAUUCAGAAGUCAGUUCACACCACUGCAGGAUAGUAUUUGAGGAGCGCAAGGCAUUCAUCCAAGUACUUGGAGCAAGCGGCGUCAUUGUCGAUGGAUGUCCUGUCUAUCCAACCAAAACUGCUGUACUUGGAAACCCUUCGUCUACCGUGACUGUACCACUCCCGAAUGGAAGUGUAUUCGAGAUACACAAAAAACGAUUCAUGUUCAACUACCCGCCCAAGGCCCUCCGCCCGCAGUUGUUUACCCCUGCCACAGUGCGUCGCAAGGGUAUCCGCAUGAGCCUAGUGCAAAGCGCACAGGUUUUCUCGCCAGCUCCUUCCCCGUAUCCACGCGAGAAUCUUCGGGUGUUGCAGAGUCCACUUAAAAUACCAAGUUCGGAAAUUCCAGUGAAGCUUGUUGAUGGCGACCACCCUCGCGUCUAUGAGGAAGGGCAAGACCUCGUCAUCCUGGAGGACGUUGAACCACUGCAAAAUGGACAUCAUCCUGGACCCGCAAUGCAAGCGAACCCAGUAAGGUUGCAACAACUGCCCCCUGCUCGACAGGUGCCACCGCAGACUCCUCGUCGCCGUUCUGCCCCAUCCUUGCAUCGAGCAGUACUCAUUCGAUCUGCACAGCGCACUGCGUACAUGCGCGAAUCGGAGGAACAAAUGCAACGGCAGCAGUUCAACACCCCUGGGUCGCAGUUUGAAGAGAUCAACCUACUUGAGGAAGAUGCAGAAGGGGACGAUGAUGAUGAGGAUGGCGAGGAAGAUGAGGUCGAGAAUAGUAUUUUAAAUGAUGAAGCAAACGAAGACAUGGAAGAUGUAGAAAAUGCUCAGGAGGCAGAUAUGUCUGGUGUUGACGGUGCUAAACAGAAGCCGCAAGUCGACGAGCAGGACAUCACCGAGGCAAACCACGAGUACAACGAGUCAGGUGGUGAAGGGUCGGGAGAAGGGCCGCAGUUCAUCACGCCCCUUCAAGUCAGUCGGGCUCUCCAUCUUGGCGCCUUCAUGACACCUCAACCAGGUCUUUUCUCUAAGCCAUCCGAUGACGAGAAAAAAGAAAGGCGAAAGACUGGGCCUCAAAGGCCGCCUCCUGGGUUUCGUUUCUCCCUUGCUCCUGGACUGGGUGCGGAUCAGACGACCAUCAAGGAAGAAGACAUGGACGAAGAGAAAGCAAAUGAUAGGCCUACUUCGCCUACCAAGCGGCGAGAGAUUAGUGAGGAAGAGCGGAAGGCUAUCCUCGAGCGCCGCAGGUCUGCCCUCAAGGCGCCUGACCCGGAAAUCGGCGAAAGUUAUAAGCUCGGAGAGCAAGGGUCAUCCUUGGUUCCACCACCCUUAGCCCCUGCAUCACCAUUCAAAACACUAAGCGCCCACAUCGAGGAAGGUGAAGAUACACAAGUCGUGCUCCAGCGCAUGCAGGCACAGGUUGCAGAACGGCGCAUGUCGCUAUCUCCCACUCGGCCGAGGCUGACACGUAACAUGGGGCCUGGAAUGCCUCCCCUUUCACCUCAGAAGCCAUUCUCUCUUUUGGCAUCUGGGCCGCGGCGGGGAUCCCCUAUUCGCGAGAUGCCGAAGCUCGAAGAUGGGAUCAUGGAGGAGACACAGAACCGUCCCGGAAAAGAUGAUUCUAUGGACGUCGACGACUCUGAGACAAACAAAGCUCGAAACGAAGAAAACGUUGACGAGAACGAUGAGAACACUUGUCCGAUCGCUCCACAUUCUAGGACUCCGCGUCUGGAUGGCCUGCGUGAGAUGUUCCGAGGCCCCACGAAGACUGCGGGUCUUGCAACUCCUGCCGUCCGUGGUGUAAGGGAUCUAUUUCGUGCACCGCAACCGAUGCAGACACCACGAAUGGAGGGGAUGCGUGAGCUGUUUGCAGAGCGACACGCACCAGAGACACCAACCUUUGAUGGUAUCGGGGACAUGAUGCACGUUGAUGAGCAAGACCAAACGAAGGACAACAAUGCAGAUGAAAUCACCAAAGGCAAGAGAGCGCUGGAGAAUGUGCCAGGGCAUGAUGCCGGCUCCUCCCAAUAUCCGGCAUCGACGCGGAAGCCUUCACUUGCGGUGCGCACACUUUCGCGUGGUGGUAGGGCACGAAGGCCAGAACUAGUCCGCACGAGGGGAACAGCGACUGACGCGUCAACUAUGGCCGAUGACGAGGCAUCCCCAGAUUCGGUUGUUGAUGAUACUUCGAAGAGAUUGAAACCAAAUGAGGGCGUUCCUGAAGCAGCUGUUGUACACCGUGGAGGACGAGGACAUCGCACUGGUAGAGUUGGAUCUGAUACAGAAAGUUUGAAGAGCUCUCCUCCACGUCGUGGACGACAAGCAAAGGCCAAAGCUAACGAUUCAGAGCCUGGACGGGUCGGCGGGUCGUCACCAGCAAAGGCGCCAUCAAAAACCAGGGGUCGGCGCAAGGCCGACAUUAGCGAAACUGGAACGGAAUCGGGCGAUACAGGGGAUGCAGCUGGUCAUGCAGCAAGGCGAAGUACGCGUGCAGGUUCGACCCAGCCUGAAGAUGCGCCGGUUACCCGACGGAGCACCCGCGCACGCUCACAAAGUGCAGAGCCCGAGGCUAAUGACAAUGUUGAGGCAGCUGUCAAGUCUGCUGAUCAGGUCGGAGGAGCAGCGGUUGAGACGAUACUGGAGGAAGAAGAGCCAGUGUCUGCUCAUACACAAACUCAGUCAGAAUGUAAGGCAGCUAUCGCACCGACUGCUCCGCGUACCCGACGAAUGCGUACACGAACGGAGAGUAGUGCGGACGAUGCUCCACCCAGAAAAAGAGCUGGAUCCUCAACUUCCGUCGUGAGUAGGCGUGGAGCAAAAAGUCAGAUCUCACCAGUCGAGUCAGUAAACGAGGACCCAGCACACAUAGAGGAUAAGGAGAACACUCCAGAACGUAGUCCUGUGUCGGAAGUUGCUGACGAUGCGACUCGAGCAAAUGCGAAACACACAUCAAAGGGGCGCACACCAGCCAAAGCUCCUGCAAAGGCCAAAGCGAGUGCUGCCGGGAAGGCAAAGUCACCGACGAAACCCUCGACGACGACAGUACGCGCCGAGUCGGCCGUAACUCGUUCGAUGCGAACUCGCGCGAGGAAGUGAGCUUUGUGAUAGUUAUGUUUGCGGAACGAUAUGCGGAACCGUUUGCACUGAUUUUGUAUAUGAGUAUGAUCGCCUCUCAACUUUGUGAAAGUACGUUGUAUAGUAUAGCUGUGUUCUCCCCCCGACUCUUGUCUGUAUAACU